AUGCUGGCAUUUCAGCCAAGUGGGAGGCACCUUGAAGAGUUCCCCCUGGAGCAGUUCUUUGAGCUUUUUGCAGCCUCCAUUGGAUUCAAUAUGGAGGUUGUGCUUGAAGGCAAUGGAUUGGAGCCAUUGGAUAUCACCAUCAUCACGGCAUAUCAAGAUCAGGUUCGUGUUGUGGCAGGAUCAACCAAGAGAAUCAACCCAGAUGGAACUUUUGAUGAAACUGCUGUGGUUACAGAAAUUGGACCAUCACAAGUUGAGGGAGCAUAUGGAACCAUAGUUGAAAACAAUGGAACUAUUGUGGCAGCAUUUACCAACAGUGGCUUGACAGCUAUUCAAGAGUGUGUUGAACCUGGCUCACAAGUUGUAACAUCUGACUUUUGUGCUGCUGUUUUGGAAAAAUCUGGUAGUAUUGGCAUUGCUGCAGUUACUGUUUUGGAAUGUGUCAAGAACCCAACAUCGUCACUGGAAUGUCAAGAGAUUCUUCCUACUUUGCUUCAGGCAGCAACAGCACCCUCAGAGUUGCAAUCAGAAGCUGCAAGCACUGGUCAGUCCUUGGAUGACAACCCUGCUGGAUCCAUCACUAGUGGAACUGAAGGCCUAGACUCAGCUUUGGGAAGCCAAAGCGUAGAGUUGAUGUCAAGCAACCCUAAUCUUGACAAUGCAGCUGGAAGUUCAGACCUUUCUGCCAGUCCCAUUGUUUCACCAUCAUCAUCUGGUGGAUCAUUGGUUGAAACUGGGGCUGAUUCAUCCAUGCCAGAAGCCUUAGCCCCAGCUGGAACACAAGAGACCUCUCCAGCAACAACACCCAGCGGCGCUGAUUCUGCGGAGCAAGCAAACCCGGCUACCCCCCCAGAAGCAACUGGGGUAGCCACUGCUCCCUCGCCAAUUUCAGAUGACAUCAUGGUGGGAAGCGCUCUCAGUUCUGGUUUGACGGGGCCCACCACGAUGCCUGAUGGCUCCAUAACCCUGAAGCCUAGUCUGGUUGCACCUACAGCACCUGGCACUGAAUCAAUCAACACAGCUACAUCACCUGAAUCCACAGCUGCUCCAAGUGCUUCAAGUCCAGGAUCCAUAUCUGCUUCAUCGACAAGUCCUAAACCAACGGAUUCAAUGGUCCUCACUGCACCAGUAAGCUUGACUCCAAGUGCUGUAUCAUCCAUGGAAGCACCGCCACCAGUGGAACCAGGAACACCUACCCCACAGGUGACCUCAAUUGCACCUGCAGAGCUAUCCCCACAGCCCACAUCGACGCCUAGUACCUCCGGUACAAUGGAUUCAACAACUACUCCCAGUACAACAAGAUUAGAAGGAUUGCCAGCCACUGCCAACCCAUCGGCAACUUUGUCUAGUGCAACAGAAUCGACCAACCCACCAUCAUCGCUUGGAUCCAUGUCUGAACCAACGCUUGGGCCCACUGAUGAGCCAACCCGAACACCAACAGAAAGCCCAACAAAUAGGCCUACUGAUGAACCCACUAACAACCCAACUGCACUACCUACAAUAGAACCUACAGCAGAGCCCACAUUCAACCCAACUCCAGAGCCUACAAACAGCCCAACUCCAGAACCUACAAACAACCGAACUCCAGAACCCACCAGCGCAGCUAACCCCACCACAACUCCCUUUGCUGAGCCAACCACUAUCCCCACAGUAGAACAAUCCCUGAACCCAAGCCAACAAUGCACAGAGCAAACUUCCACUACCUGGAACACUUUCUAUGUAUACUUCAACAGUGACAUAUCGGCCUUGUCGGAUGACACUCUCAUUGAUGCCUUUGAAAGUGGCUUUUCCACAGUGCACAAUGGUGCAUGUCCUCCAAUACUUACACUAGUAAGUGUAGAGAGCCGGACUCAGCGGAGAAGACUACAAACUAUCCAAUCUGUGCUGUUUGGCAUGAAUGCCACCCAUGUGAGUGGAACUGUAGUGUUGGAUGAAGCCACAGAUUCAUCGGCAUUCCUUGUGGGGUUUAAUGAUGCUCUCGCCAGCACCAGUACUGUCAGCGCGUCUGGGUUAGAAUCUUCUCUGACAAUCCCCUCAACAAGUCCCAGUGGAAGCCCCUCAACUGGAACACCAACAGUGACUCCUGGAAGUCCCUCCACAACACCCACCACUUCUCUUCCCACCGUGACUCCUGGCUCUCCCAGCACCAGUCCCUCAAUGAAUAGUCCCACAACUAGAACACCAACAGUGACCCCUGGUAGCCCCUCCACAACACCCACAACUGCUCUUCCCACGGUGACACCCGGUGCUCCCAGCGCCAGUCCGACUACUGACUUACGGACAGUCCCACAACUGGAACGCCAACAGUGA